AUGGAGCGGCCGCGGCUCCCGCUGCCCCGGGCCCGGCCGCCGCUGCCCCGGCUCCUGGCGGCCGCAGCUCUGGCCAUUCCGUGCCAAGCUGUGCCACCAGCCCGGGUGACUCCGUGGUCUCGAGGGCGGCGGGUGCUGCCCCUGCGGGAGCCCCGGUGUGGCGCUGGGGACAGCGGGGCCCGCUGGGCUCGUGGUGGCCCCGUGCAGUCCCAGCCCCUCUCGGGCAGUCACCGCCCGCUAUCCCUGGAGAUGGAGAGGAGCCGCCAGGGGCCCCGGAGGCUCUGCCCGGAGCGCUGCUCGGGCGCUGGGGUCGUGCCCUGCCCGCGGACCCGCUGCUGGCCAGUGGCGGCUGUGCCCGAGGGUGGUCGGGCUCGGGUGCUCGUGGAAUGCUGCGCUCGGCUUUGCCCCGCUCUGGGCAGCGGGACGGGCUCUGCUCUGAGCGCUGCCGACCCCUGCGCCCACCUGGGCCCGGCGGCGGGGGAGCGCUGCCGGACAGAUCGCCCGCAGCGCGGAGCCGGCACCGGCCAGGCGCCCACACCAGAGGCCGUGGGGCAGCUGUGGACAGAGGCUGAACUGCUGCCCUUCCCUGGAACCCCCGCGGGGACAGCCGAGAGCUCCAGGCCUCAGGAGAGCCCCAGAACCCCCGGGCUGGGCAGGGAGGGGACAGGGCCGGCGGUGCGGGGUGGGACAAGCCCCCAGCCCCGGGGGCCCGCGGUCUCUGCAGGCAGGGAGCUGCCGUCCCCUGCCGCUCUGGGGGUGACCAGUGCAGCCCCUGGGGAGGCAGAGACAGGUCCUGAAACCGCGCACCCCCCGGGCACUGACCCUGCAGGACGUGGGACAGCAGAAGGUGCCACGACAGCGCAGGGAACGCUUUCGCAUUCACCACCCUCUGUGACAGUGCCAGGUUCUGCCAGGGAACAGUGGAGGUCCAGCAGCACCCCGAGGGGAUGGAGGGCCAUUGGGAGAGACCUCGUGCAGAGCCAGAAUGACAUUCUCCAGCUUGGUGACAGCAGCCCAGGGACCCGCCCGAGCACCGUGCUGGCCACUGCCAGCUCAGCACCAGGGACGACAGGGACAUCACCCUUUGCUGGGGGACUGCAGAGGCUACUGACCCCCACAAGGACACUGCAGGGGACGCACUGGGGGCUGCCAGGGCUGUCAGGAGGCCAGGGCUUUGCUUCCCACCCACAGGAGGGUCCCCGCUCUGCCCCUCGCCCCUCUGCACUGUCCCUUGGGCCUGGUGGGGGCCCUUUGGCCAGCACAGGCCGGCCAGCCGUGGGGACAGGCCCAGCCUUGCUGCCUGCCACACGCAGGGGCUCAGGUCUGCCUCUCCCCACCACCAUGGCCAGCACCCCAGGGGUGACAUCUCCUGGCCAGAGAGGAGCCCUGGAGCUCACCACAGGGGUCUUGGGGCCACCUGACAGAGAGGUUCCCCCUGAGCACAGUCACAUCCCCCUGAGCCCGUCAGCCAUCCCAGGGCAGCUCCCUGUCCCCCUGUCCCCUGGCAGCACAGCUGUGGCUCAGGUGACACACACCAGUCCUGGAUCCUCCCAUAUCCCCCCGUCCCCACAGCCUGUCCCAGGCAGUGGCUCUGCAGUGACCCUGCUGCCUUCCCCCGGCACUGCCUGGGGGGCCCUGGGAUUCAGCCCUGCUGUGGGCACCACCCUGGGAGACCCCUCCCCAGAGUUGUCCCACUCCAGCUCGAGGGUGGGUCCUGCUGAGAGCUCUCCAUCGCUGGGGGGGACCCAGCUGGGGGUGGGCAGCCUGGCCCCCGCCUCAGCAGCUGGGCCUUCCCAGCAGCCAGCUUUGUCCCAGCCUGCAUCUUCCCAGCCUGCGUCUUCCCUGGGACUGAGCACGGCUACUGGCGUCACCACCACCUUCGGUGUCACUGCCACCGUCACAACUGCCAGCAGCCCAGAAGUGCUCGGGGACAUGGGGACGGUCACAGCUGAGCCGCGUGCUGCCGUACUGCAGAGGGAUGUGGUGGGGCUGACACGGGGGUCCCCAACUCAUGUGCCCACUCUGGUGCCCGGGCCUCCCCAGCAGCCCACAGAGUCCCAUGGUGGGGGCCCUGGGUCCCCUCCAGCUGCUGUGGACACAGACCUGGCCCAGCCAUCGAGCAGCCCCAGAGGGAUGACAGACACUCACACCCCGCAGGUGACACUGGCUGGGGUGGGCAGGGCCCCCCAGGUGUUCAUAGUGGAAGAUCAGCCCCCACUCCUGAGAGAAUCCCUCCUGCGCAUCCCCUGUGAGCUGGUGCUGGACAUGGGGUUCGUCCCGGCCCUGCAGGACCCCGGGUCCCAUGAGCGCCAGGAGCUGCUGCACAGCUUCAACCGGACGGUCACUCCCCUCUUCACGUCGGUGCCUGGGUUCCUGCGGCUGGAGGUGACAGGGAUCAGGGAGGGCAGCGUGGUGCUGCGCUACGAUGCGCUCUUCGCGGCGGAGCAGCUGCAGCUGCGGGGGCUGGACCGGCUCCUCGGGGCCGCGCUGGGCUCUGCCGGUGCCCGGCCGGGGCUGGCGGUGGGCACGGCCCCCAUCCUGCGCCACGAGGCUCUGGCGCGGCCACUGGACCCCUGCGCUCUGCUCCUCGCCUGCCCGGCCGGCUUCGCCUGCGUGGCCAGGGCGGACGGGAACGCGACCUGCACCUCCCUCUGCCACCGCGACUACUGCAAGAACCACGGCAUCUGCUCCCACGGCCGGGACCAGCAGCCCCGCUGCCGGUGCCCCGUGGGCAGCGAUUUCUGGUUCGUGGGGCUGCGCUGUGACUACCGGGUGACACAGCAGGGCCUGCUGGGCACGGCGGCCGGGGUCCUGCUCAGCAUCCUCCUCCUGGGCGCCGUCCUCGCCGUCCUCGCCGUCCGCCGCUUCAAGGCGCUGCUGCUGGAGGCCAGGGCCGAGCAGAGCCGCAGCAGCUAUCGCCGUUUCUGCCGCCUGGACGAUGUCUCUGCCCAGUACUGGUCUGGCUCGGGGCUGCCCUCGGCCAGCUCGCUGGACAACCCGGCCUUCAGCAACUCGGAGGAGCUGCUGCAGCUCCGGGUCCUGGACAGCGGCUGCCAGGGGGACUCGGCUGUCACCAACGGUGCCAAGUGGGGCCCGGCGCCCUGCGCCCACCCGCAGUGCCAGCCCAGUUUCCAUUACGACUGGGACACCAGCUCCAGCAGCAUGAAUGACCCUAUGGUGGACUCGGGGAAAGCCAGUGACAUCUCCGUGUCGAGCUGGCCCAUGGAGCCCAUCCAGUGGGCUCCCUUCCCUCUCCUCCACCAGCUCUCCAGGCAGCGACCGCGCAAGGCCCGCUGGCCGCAGUCGUUCUGCGAGGGGCUGGAGCUGGGCACCCUGGAGCGGAGCUGGACGGCCUGAGGCCACGGACAACGGACAGCAACGAGGUUCAGCUUUAAAACCAACCACAUUUUAUUUCCACGUAACGAGCUCAGUGAAGGAAUUCCACACACUUGGACGAUACAAUCAACACGGGUGUGAUGUCAGUGAUGUCAGUCCCAGCGGGGCGGGGGCCCGGCGAGCCCCUGCCCCGGUUCCUGUCCGGGCCUCGCACGCUCUGGCUGGGACUGCGGACUCCAGAGCAGGCAGAUACAGAGAGGUGUCAGGACACACAGUGCUGGCAUCCACCAGGUCAGGACUUACAGGGGCAGUCUGGGCAGAAAGGCUGGCGGCUCCUCGGGCCGCGCCGGCGCUGCCCCACGGCAGGACGAGCUCAGCCACGCCGCGGGGAGACACACGAAAGCGCUGCUGCGUCGUUCAUCACGAUUCAUGUCAAUGAGGUAUAAACACCAGGAUGUUGUAAGCAUUAAAGUUUAUUUUCCAAAAUGCUCUCCUUAUUCGCACGUGUCCUCUGGAGCAUCGAGCUGGGCACAAAUGGUGGGGGCUGGAAAUGGGGCGCUGUACGGAGGGAGAGGGCAACGGGGUCCCAAAGGUGCUCGGAUAGAAAAGGAAAAGCAAGCUGCAGUUCUACACUUAGACUCUCAUAGUCUCAGAGGGGGCACGUUGAGGGAGAUUUUUGCUAGAAUAAAAUGCAGAUCUCUUCAUAAAAAAAUCAGUUUGCUAAAAGAAAACUCAGCCUAUGGGAAUACAGAGCUAUCGGAUCGGUCGAUAUUCUCAUCGUAUAGAAAACAGCCUACAAAUAAAGUCACAAAAAAUAGACAGUUAUAUGCUGAGCAGCCAAAAACAUCAUGAUUUAUUAAUAUCUGGAGAAACUUCAUAAUUCAAACACAACCAAACUGUACAUUUUACAAUCACAUUCUAUUUGUAAACAGUUAAAAGCCACUGACUUCUUUUGCAUCUUCGGACACAAACAUUAGAAUCAAGGCAAUGAAAUGAUGGCGAUUUCUGCACUGUUAAAAUUUUUACCCUUGCCUAGUCUGGAAUUCUGGACUAAACAAGCAUUCAAUAAUACCUUUUGUGGCAAGAGGAUGUAACUCGUUCACUUUUGCGAGAAAGUACUUGCGAGAACUUUUUCAACAUUAAAACUCGGUACACACACGAUCUGUAAGCCCAGCCCGUGGUUACAGGAUGCAUAGUUACUCAGGUCGGCUUGGGGACACGGCCCCACGGUAACACAGUCACAGAGCAGGAACAGCCACUCGAUGGGAUUACAAAAACUUGGAUAACUACGGAUUAUUAGCAAACCACCACCACUCACUAAGAAAAGACAGCGUCAAAAGCAGAAUGUCCAACUCCAGCUUGAAGCGUUUUUUUUUUGGCAGAGAAAAGUCUUACAGAGCAAUAAGUAUUAUCAGUGCUAAAAGUUGAGUUUUUUUUUUUUUUUUUUUUACCUAUAAGAAACUACAAGGAGUUUUUACUGGGGAACUGGUUUUCCUGAGAGCCAUGCUCUUUGAUUUAGGAUACAGGAAUAGAAAACAAAAGGACAUGGCCAAACACUGUUCGUUAUUCCCAGAGAUAGAAAGCAUCUUUUUCAUUCUCAAUUUUUUUUUUUUUGUCUUUUUAAAAAUUUUUAAAAUGAUGGAAGAGUAAACAUUUUUCUCAAAAAACAAAAAAAAUAUUCUGUAAA